AUGCCGUCUCACGAGUGGAAGAAUAUGGCGAUCGUGUUUGUGAUCGUGGUGGUGCUGAUUGUCAUUAUAGCGUUCUGGAUGAGCAGUAACAAUAACAGCGGAGGCGGCGGUAACAGCUUCGGUAACAGUGGUAACGGCAGUAGCAGUGGUCAGAACGGGAGUUUCGGUAGUUCCAGCAGUGGCGGUGGCGGAACGGGUGGUGGCUCGAACAAUGGAAAUCGCGGCAAUAACUCACCACCUCCCGGUGGAAACACUGGCGCGGUGUCAACAAAUUGCGAUCCGGACGAGGCGACUAACGGCGGAACGGGCAGAUCGAGCGGAGGUAGCGAUAAUGGUGUGAGAGAUCGACAUCACUUGACUACAGAGAACAAUAGAUCGUAA